AUGGCAAGUGUUGAAACUGUUACAUUUGAAGAUUUAGAAGCAACUGACGUGAUAAGUGUAGAAUUAGUACCCGAGCGCAAAGGCCUUAUAUUGAAGCAUUGUGAAUACUAUGUGAGCUCAAGAAGACAUGGCACUACCGUUACCAGGAGAUACAACGAUUUUGUGCAGCUCUAUGAUGUUUUGUAUGCCAAAUAUCCAUACCGCGCGAUAUGCCGAUUACCACCUAAAAGAGUGGUGGUGGGUGGAGGUAGUGCUAGAUUCCUGUUGCGAAGGCGAGCAGCUCUACAAAGGUGGUUGACCUUAGUGGCAAGGCACCCGGUGCUGGCUCAUGACGCCGAUCUCAGAACCUUUCUUUGCGAGACCACUGUGCGGCUGGAAAAGCCAAAACAUGACGAGUUUGUUCUUGCUGGUACCCAGGAAGAAAAUCCGAAUGAUAUGACAACUGAAGAAAUGCAAGCCGCCUUCGUGAGUGAGCAAGAGCAACUUAGGUUAGCGCACCUUGGUCUCGACAGACUAUCGCAGAUCAUUGAGAAAGUCGAGGGUCGUUGCGAUGCUGAACGGUUAGACCUUCGUGAGCUGGGCGCUGGGCUCAGCGCGCUGGGAGCUCCCGCCGCUAUAGACACACCGCGGUGGAGCACUGUUAAACGAGCGCUGACUCACGCUGCUGAAUUAGCAGACCGCAUGGGUUCCGAGGACGACACGGAGCUGAGCUCCGAGGAGGAGGACACGACGGUGACGCUGGCGACGGAGGCGACGGGCGCGUACCGCGCGCUAUGCGGGCGCCUGUCGCGCGGCCUGCACGCCGAGCGCGCCGCCGCCGCCGCCGCCGCGCCGCGCCUGGCGCUCAGCCCGCAGGCGCAGGCGCUGCGCGACCGACACCGGUACGCGCUGCGGGCCGCGCUGCAGGAAGGCGCAGUUGCACGUGCUUACGCUCUUCGUGCACUAGAAGCUCUGCCCGCUCUACUUAAAGCGCGCGCUUUAGCUCACAAGCGACACGCCGCACUCUGGCACGACCUGCAUCAUGCGCUUGCGCAUCCUGACCGCGCUUGA